CAUUCAAACGACCCUUGGAAUGUCCCAUCUACCACAAAACUUACAGGGAGCUGGUACUCAGUAACAAGCACCAAUCUCAAGUGGAGAUUUCUUCUUACUGAAAUUCCUUCAAUGCAUUUCCACCUUAUACAUAUAUAUCUCCCAUUUCUAUACUCAUUUUCAUGAGAAGUGCUUCUUCUAAGAUUAUCAGAAACUCCUUCAAUUCAAACUCCCUCUCUUGGGUCUUUUUCUUUCCCUUCCUUUAGCUGAGAGCCCUUUUCUUCUACAGCAUCUGAAGCUCAAAUCAAAUUUCUUCUGUUGGGUCUUUUUUCACCUGUCAUCAAAGAGUUUCCUGGAAGCUUCUUCAAUCAAAUUGAGGUGGCUCCUCUAGCAGAUCUCAUUCGAGCUUGUCAAAUUGAAUUUAGUCCCUCUGGCUCUUCCUUUUUUCCUUUCUCCCAUUUGCAUAGACCAGGUUUUUCAAGAGUCUCGGAACUUCCUCACGGGAGUUUGUGUCCUUUUUCAUUUUGGAAGAGAUCUUGUUCCUCGAGGCCUUCCAAUUUUUUCUAAAGAAUCUCCAGCUUAUAAAAAUCAAAUUCCUCCUCUUGGGUUCUUCUAUUUUCUUCACUCUGUAGAAGAAUCUGGUUCUUCCAGAGUUUCUCAACCUUCAGCUAAUCAAAUUUCCUGUCUUGGGUCCUUUUCUUCUCUCAGUUUCUGCGAAGGCUCUGUUCUUCUAGAGACUCAAGCAUCUCCUGAUCAGAUAUCCUAUUUUGGGUGCAUCCCCUUUUCAGUAGAAAAGGCCUGAUUUCGGAGAGUUAGAAUCUCUCCAUAUAAUCCUCUUCCCAAACUCCAUGGGUACUGUCACGGUAACAUCAGCAUGCAAUACCAGGAUUUCCCAAAGCUUUGGCUUCGAAGAUAAUGCCAUCCAUCUCCGCGAUGCCUCAUUUUCUUCCUAUCUCAGCAGUGGGGAAGAGACUUUCGCGCUAAAACAUGCUGAGUCGACUCGUCCCCCACCUCUUGCUGUGAACACCGCUGCAGAGUCUUUCCACCAGAUAAGCUUUGGUAGAAAAUAUAAUCCAGACGGUGAAAUCAGUAUCUUUGAUGCGGAAAAAUACUUCAGGGGAGGAAUGGACGGCGAGAACAUGGCAAGUGCCGAGAAAGGUGGGAGGCGAGAGCUGAAGAAAGAGGGGAGAAUUGAUCUGCUGCGAUCAAAAACAAUGUUCAAGUCAGGAACACCAAGCAUCUGUUCGGAGGUGAGCGGAAACAGCCAAACUGCGUUAUUGCCACGAUUCCAAAAAGACCCACCUACAAAUGCGCAGAAACAGGUGACUGAGAGUAGAGAUUUCAGCCAUUGCAAGAAAGUUGUUGAUUUUGAGGACCCUCGAAGCACAGAGAUCAUCAUCAAAGAACCGGUUGAAAUAGGCCGGAAUCUGUUGGGUGCUGCUGGAAACAUUCAAAGCCAUCCCGAAUUCAGGUGCAGGGAAGAGAUGGGCUUCCGGAUGGCUGAAACGGGUGGUUUUGGAUUCAAGAGAGAAGACUGUUUCACUUUCCCCAUUUUGAAUCACAUGGCGGGAAAUGUGACCGUUGGAAGACAGUUAGAAGGAGAAGAAAAGGCGCGGAUCUCACUGGACGUGUUUGGGUCCCCUUUCCUGGCAAAGGACAACAGUUCACCUCUCCGGAGGUUGACCAUGUUUACUUCGGACACUGGCCGGAGAAUUGAGGAGAUCCCGGCAAGCACUGGUGGUGGCGACAGCGUAAGUGACAUUGACAAUGAUCUCGGGAGCGAUUCAAGCUCGGACUUGUUUGAGAUCGAGAGCCUGACUAGCAAGGCCUACCCACUUUCCAGCCGACGGCUAUCAGACGACGUUUCCAGCUGUCCAGCCACCACCACAUGCUAUGAACCGAGUGAGGCGAGCAUAGAGUGGAGCGUUGUAACUGCCAGUGCCGCCAACUUCUCGGUGGCGUCAGAUUACGACGACCUAGAACUGAUAAAGAAGAAACCGGACAAUGAGACAAGAAUAACAACGACCACGACCACAACCACGACCACGACCACCACAUCUAAAACUACUACUGCCAGGACCUCGAUGGUCAAGGAGGCACAGAGACGCCAGCUCAAUUCCUUGCUGGGCUGCAAGAGCAGCAAAUCGGUGAAGGUUGCAGCCGAUGCAUACAGGGUGUGUGAGAAUUCAAAAUCCAAUGGACACCGAUUGCUCCGAUCGGAUUCCAUUACACCAUUGACGAUGUUCCAGCCCGAUAUUCGGGUAAUGGACUUCGACUCUGCACACGUGCAACGUGCUUUUUCUACACGCUCGCACACGUCACAUUCCCUUUACAUGCACUAGGGCAUGUGCACGUGUGAACCACCAUGGGGAGGCUAUAGGUUUUGCUUAAGACCAAUGCAGCUUUCAUUGCUUUAAUCAUGAUUAGUGUAUUUAGAGAUUAGAGAGAGUGUUUUAAGUGUGUAGUGGGUUGCAGGGAAGCUUAUGCUAAAAUGCAUGCUUAAUUUGGAAAGAGGAAUGCCAUUUGAAUUUCAUAUUUCAAUCAGGGCUUGUUUGGACAA